AUGCUGGUUCAUGCAGGGGGCGCCGCCAUGCUGGUCCAUGCAGGGGGCGCCGCCACGCUGGUUCAUGCAGGGGGCGCCGCCACGCUGGUUCAUGCAGGGGGCGCCGCCAUGCUGGUUCAUGCAGGGGGCGGCGCCGCCAUGCUGGUUCAUGCAGGGGGCGCCGCCACGCUGGUUCAUGCAGGGGGCGCCGCCACGCUGGUUCAUGCAGGGGGCGCCGCCACGCUGGUUCAUGCAGGGGGCGCCGCCACGCUGGUUCGUGCAGGGGGCGCCGCCACGCUGGUUUGUGCAGGGGGCGCCGCCACGCUGGUUUGUGCAGGGGGCGCCUCCACGCUGGUUCGUGCGGGGGGCGCCGCCACGCUGGUUCAUGCGGGGGGCGCCGCCACGCUGGUUCAUGCGGGGGGCGCCGCCACGCUGGUUCCUGCGGGGGGCGCCGCCACGCUGGUUCAUGCGGGGGGCGCCGCCACGCUGGUUCAUGCGGGGGGCGCCGCCACGCUGGUUCAUGCAGGGGGCGCCGCCACGCUGGUUCAUGCAGGGGGCGCCGCCACGCUGGUUCAUGCAGGGGGCGCCGCCAUGCUGGUUCAUGCAGGGGGCGCCGCCACGCUGGUUCAUGCAGGGGGCGCCGCCACGCUGGUUCAUGCAGGGGGCGCCGCCACGCUGGUUCAUGCAGGGGGCGCCGCCAUGCUGGUUCAUGCAGGGGGCGCCGCCACGCUGGUUCAUGCAGGGGGCGCCGCCAUGCUGGUUCAUGCAGGGGGCGCCGCCACGCUGGUUCAUGCAGGGGGCGGCGCCGCCAAGCUGGUUCAUGCAGGGGGCGCCGCCACGCUGGUUCAUGCAGGGGGCGCCGCCACGCUGGUUCAUGCAGGGGGCGCCGCCACGCUGGUUCAUGCAGGGGGCGCCGCCACGCUGGUUCAUGCAGGGGGCGGCGCCGCCAUGCUGGUUCAUGCGGGGGGCGCCGCCACGCUGGUUCAUGCAGGGGGCGCCGCCACGCUGGUUCAUGCAGGGGGCGCCGCCACGCUGGUUCAUGCAGGGGGCGCCGCCAUGCUGGUUCAUGCAGAGGGCGGCGCCGCCAUGCUGGUUCAUGCAGAGGGCGGCGCCGCCAUGCUGGUUCAUGCGGGGGGCGCCGCCACGCUGGUUCAUGCGGGGGGCGCCGCCACGCUGGUUCAUGCAGGGGGCGCCGCCACGCUGGUUCAUGCAGGGGGCGCCGCCACGCUGGUUCAUGCAGGGGGCGCCGCCACGCUGGUUCAUGCAGGGGGCGCCGCCACGCUGGUUCAUGCAGGGGGCGCCGCCACGCUGGUUCAUGCAGGGGGCGCCGCCACGCUGGUUCAUGCAGGGGGCGCCGCCACGCUGGUUCAUGCAGGGGGCGCCGCCACGCUGGUUCAUGCAGGGGGCGCCGCCACGCUGGUUCAUGCAGGGGGCGCCGCCACGCUGGUUCAUGCAGGGGGCGCCGCCACGCUGGUUCAUGCAGGGGGCGCCGCCACGCUGGUUCAUGCAGGGGGCGCCGCCACGCUGGUUCAUGCAGGGGGCGCCGCCACGCUGGUUCAUGCAGGGGGCGCCGCCACGCUGGUUCAUGCAGGGGGCGCCGCCACGCUGGUUCAUGCAGGGAGCGCCGCCACGCUGGUUCAUGCAGGGAGCGCCGCCACGCUGGUUCAUGCAGGGGGCGCCGCCACGCUGGUUCAUGCAGGGGGCGCCGCCACGCUGGUUCAUGCAGGGGGCGCCGCCACGCUGGUUCAUGCAGGGGGCGCCGCCACGCUGGUUCAUGCAGGAAGCGGCGCCGCCACGCUGGUUCAUGCGGGGGGCGCCGCCAUGCUGGUUCAUGCGGGGGAACGCCGCCACGCUGGUUCAUGCAGGGGGCGCCGCCACGCUGGUUCAUGCGGGGGGCGCCGCCACGCUGGUUCAUGCGGGGGGCGCCGCCACGCUGGUUCAUGCGGGGGGCGCCGCCAUGCUGGUUCAUGCGGGGGGGCGCCGCCGGGGCCGCCUACAGACAGCGCCAGGCGCACAUUCAUGCACGAGAUGCAACAGUGA